UGCUAGUGUAAGCGACCACAUCAAACGCCGUGUUGUUUGGCUUCGAAAACGUAUAUUUUUGUAUUUUUUUAUGAAGGAAAUUCCGGAUUCUGGCUGAUUUUUGGUGAUUUCAUGGAGUGAGGGAGUUUUCGAGGAGCAAGUGAAGAUGAAUCCUUUGACGAAUGUGAAAAACAUCCAGAAAUUGAGCCAGCGAGAGCUAGAACUGGGUGUCAACAUCAAGCAGUCGUGGCAUCAGCAGUAUCGAGACAGCGCUUGGGUAUUCCUUGGAGGGCUUAACUAUGAACUCACCGAAGGAGAUAUAAUCUGUGUCUUCUCGCAAUAUGGAGAGAUUGUGAGUAUUAAUUUGGUACGAGACAAAAAGACUGGAAAGAGUAAGGGCUUUGCAUUUUUAUGCUAUGAAGAUCAGCGUUCAACCAUUCUGGCUGUUGAUAAUUUAAAUGGCAUAAAGCUAGCGAGCCGCAUAAUCAGGGUCGACCACGUGGAGGAAUACAAGGUGCCAAAGAUGAGGGAGGACAUGUCUGAGGAGCAGCAGAAGUUACUGAUGGAAGGCUGUGCCCCAAAACUCAUUCCUGUAGAAGAGCAGGAGAAAGAAGAGGAACUAAUGGUGAUACCUCCAGAACAAAUUAAGAAAGAAAAAAAUGAUAAGAAGGUCAAAAAGGAGAAGAAGAAGAAAAAAGACAAGAAAAAGAAAAAGAAAAAGAGGCGAUCAUCUUCAUCCUCAUCAUCAGAGUCAGAGUCAGACAGUUCGUCAUCCUCGGAUAGUGACAGUGACGACGACAGCUACAAGAAAAAGAGAAAGAAGAAGAAAAAGAAGAGAAGCAGAGACGAAUCAGAAUCCGAGAGCAACAGUGGAGACUCCGAAAGAGAGAGGAAGAAGAACAGGGCAAGGAGGGAGGAAUACGGCAAUGGGACCUAUGUAGUGAAGGAGGAGAAGAGAGACCCAGGCUACGAAAAGUACGAACAUGUCAGACAAGAUGUUGACAGAGACAGAUACCGGGAGAGAGACAGGGGCCAAGAAAGAUAUAGAGACGUGAGGGAUAGCAGGGACAACCGAGACAGGGAAUAUAACAGACACAGAAUGGAGAGGGAUGAUAGGGAGAGAAGAGAGAGGGAAUACAGGCAGGAUGGGAGGGGCGGCUACAGGCAGGGGGAGGACCGGGGAAGAGGGGGCAAUAGGGAUGGCAGGUACGGAAGCCACAACAGAAGUCCGGACAGAGAUAGAUAUAGAGGUAGAAGAUAGGACUUUUUUCUUCUUACUUUAUCACAGAAGACGUGUAUUUUCAAUUAUGAAGCAUUAUUUUCUAAUGUCAUUAGGAUUUCAUUACUGAAAUGUGGUUUUUAGCAUUGUUUACAGACAGCCAUAUGAUAGAUGCAAGUGACAUAUUAACUUGAAGUAAUGUGUUGCUUGUUUCUGUUCAUAUUUUUAUUCUUUAUUAUUAUUUUUAUUAUUUACUGUGACUUAAUAUAUGUUAAUGCCAUGUUUUAUGAAAUAAACAUAUUCUUUA